GCGCAGCUUUCGGAGGUCCUUCACGAUUGGGAUCAUCUGGUCACGCAGUAUGAGUUGGCUAACCAUGAGAAGAUCUCGGACAGACUGAAGUGCGCGACCAUCUUGGGGUACGCGCCACUCCCGAUCAGGAAGGUGCUCGACGGCGCGAGCCAGGAGGUCAGGGAGAAAAACGACGUGAAGGUUUUUGCCCCGAAGCCCACUGUGGUGGGCGGAGGGUCAGGAGCAGCGCCGGUGCAGGUGGGUGCUGUUGGCAGUGUUGACGCCAUCGGGUUCGACAAGCCCUGCUGCGCCAUCUGCAAGCAGCUCGGCCACACUGCUGGCAAGUGCUGGUUCGGUAAAGGUAAGAGCAAGGACGGCACAUGUAAAGGUGGUGGUAGAGGCGGCUCUGGCGGCGGUGGAGCUGGCAGAGGCAGAGGCAGCAACCCUGACGAGGAGAAGACUUGCCACUACUGCAAGAAGAAGGGCCACAUCGAGCUGACUUGUUUCGGGUUCAGGAAGGGCCAAGAGGAGAAUAAUAAGGGUCAGGUCAGUCUCGUCGAGCAGCAGGGCGAGGUCGAGGCGAUCAUCGUGGCGAGCGACGACGACUCUGACGGGUGCGGCUUCUGCAUGUCGCUCGAGAGCUACGACGAUGACGGCCCGAUCGGCAACCAGGUGGACUACGGCUUCCACGACGCGGUCGGCGACCAGGUGGACUGCGGCUUCCACGACUCGAUCGGGGACCAGUUGGAUUACGACGGCCAGGGCACGGCCAACGACCAGCUGGAGGACGAGUUCUUGUGCCGUCCCUGCGAUGACGAGCUGGUGAUGGCCAUCGGCAGUGGUGCGAAGUUUCCGGACUACGGCGUCGACGAGUUCUUGAUGCUGGACGGCGGGAGUGACGAGCACUGUGCGAGGCGGAGUUUCGCCAAGCACAUCAUGGUGAAAGAGACGAGUUCUAAGUUGGUCGCCGCCCAGAAACAGAAGAUCUCUCUCGACGGCGAGUCGAAGGUUCCCUUCGCGAUGGGGGGUCAGGUGGCUUGCCGGGCCGAUUUCAAGAUCGACCCCACUGCUCGCAAUUUGCUGAGUACCCGAAGGGUUUUCGACGCAGGCUUCGACGUGGUCUACUCGCACAGUGACGGGUGUUUCGUCAGCUACACCAGGCCCGACGGGAGGUGCGUGAAGGUUCCGAUGACUCGGAAGAGGUACACGUUUGCGGUGCCAGCGAGCGUGCGCAGGGACAUGGAGGCCGCGGACGACUACACGACCAAGCAGCUCAUGAGGUUCAUGAAGCAGUUGGCCUACCAGAUGCCAGAGCUCAGAUGCGACACUGAGGCUGCGGUUAAGGCGCUUCAGGAUAAGGUUGUCGGCGCGAGGCGUCUGAAGGCCAACAGGGUGCAGGUUGAGAUGAACUACGGGAUCAAGCUCACACCUCAUUCUCCCCUCUGGCCGUUUCUCGCUCACCACGCUGCGAACGUGACGAACUGGUUCAGCAGGGGCGCCGACGGCGACGCGGCGUAUUUACAGGUCAACGGGGUGAACUACACGGGCGUUGUGGUACCGUUCGCAGAGACGGUGAUGGCCAGGAUUCCCGUCUCCAAGACGGGCCAGCGACGCUCGAUGGUGCCGAGGCUGACCAAAGCUGACAAGGCCUGGGUGAAGGGGAUCUGGGUCGGCAAGGCGACUACCAACGACGAGCGCGUCAUUCUCACGGUGGCUGGAAAGGUGACCUGCAGGAUUGUUCGUAGGAUGCCGAAGGGGAAGCGCCACGACAAGGAGCUGUUGCUAAAGGUCUGCGGCGAGCCCUGGAAGGAGAGGAUCGCACGCAUGCCUCGCUGUCUCGUCAUGGACGGUGGCAAGGGCGAGGUCGUGCCGACGCCGUUGGAGGCCAUGGGCACGGAGGCUGAUGGGGGCCGCCCCAGGGGCGCUCCCGAGUGGAGCGGAGGCGCGGAGGCCAGGCUGAAGGCUCCGAGGGGGCUCGCGGGCGCUCGGUCCCCGACUGGUGACGCCGUCAUUGGGUGGCGCGAGGCGAAGACGGUGCGCGUCGAGGAUCCGAUCGUCGGCGCCGUCGAGGACAUCAGUGAGCAGCUGGACUACAAGACGCUCCUGACGGCUGAGGAGCUCACGCACUGGGACAGCAGCGGCUUUCCCAUGGAGGAGCCGGCGGAGGCGUUCGACAAUGGCCUGAAGCUCUGCGACGAGUUCGGCAUCUACUCGGUCCACCCUCGGGGCGCCGCCGACGGCAAGAAGAAGGUCGACACCAACUGGGGGAAGAACGGUCGAGCAGGGGUUCUCAAGUACAGGCUCGUGGACAGGGAGUUCGCCUGGCUGGAGGGCGACGAUGGUCCAGACGACCCGCUUGUGAUUGCAGUUGGCGACGUGACGAGCGCGUGCUAUCAAGUACGUGAGAAAGGGGAGUUCUAUUGCGAUCCUCCACCUGGGCGGCUUGCCGCGAGGGCCAAUGCAGGCCUUGGCGUGAACGUCGUCUGGAAGCUGGAGAAGCAGCUCCCUGGCAGGAGGGCUGCGAGUCGUGAGUGGAUUGGCUAUGCUGCUGACCUCCUCUUGGACUGCGGGCUUGAUCGGAAUGAGGCCUGCCCACAGUUCGACCGCAAGCCGAUGACCCGACUGGGCCUCGAGUUGCACAUGGGCGACUUGUAUUGCACGGGCCGCAAGAGUGAUCUGGAAAGCUUUCUCCCCGCGACCAGGGCCAAGCUGAAGCUUAGGGACAGCGACGUCGUUAUCGAGGGCCGCUUCGAGUUCCUGAAACGCACCCGGAUCAAGACCAACGAGGGCAUCUUCCUCCAGGUGCACGAGAAGCACAGCAGCAACAUCAUUGCUGAACUGGGGCUGAGGGGUGCUAACCCAGUCAGGACUCCAGACUUGGGGCCAGAGGAGACCGUCGAGCACUCUCCGCCGCAGGUCGACAAGCAGGUUGCGAGGUAUCGGUCGUGCGUGGGGAGUGGUCUCUACCUGGCUCGGGACCGCGCCGACAUCCAGAGGGCCGUGGGUACGUUGGCGGCCAGUCUGGCGACGACGCCGCCGGCGCUCUCCUGGAAGAGGCUGCUGCGGCUCGGGCGCUACCUGGUCGGCACCUCUGGCCUGGGCGUGUUCCUCCCGAAGGUUGAUGCGAAGAUCUACAAGAAGGGCGUGGUCCACCUGAGGACGUUUUCGGACAGCGACCACGGAAGCAAGGAGGCGAAGCGCAAGAGUACCACGUGUGGCGUGCUGUACGCGGACGGCGUUAUUCUGGCGACGCUCGGGAGGAGGCAGGACCUGAUUGCAGUGAGUUCGGGUGAGAGCGAGUUCUACGCGCUGAGUGCCGUGGCGAUGGGUGGUCAGAUGCUGAGGGGCCUGCUCACCUGGUUCGGGCUCCGUGUGCGUCACUUGGACACGAGGUCCCUGUGGGUCCAGCAAGCGACCCGCUUGCUCAACUUGAAGGUGAUGAAGUGCAAGGGAACGGAGAACCCCGCGGACAUCGGAACCAAGUCACAUGCGGCUGAGGUGCACGAGCAGCUCUGCGAGCAGGUUGGGCUGCGGCAUCUUGGCGGAGAUGUCGGUGCAGUUCGCGAGGUCGAGGUGAAUGCGGUGAUCGAGAAGGUGGCGCGCGCAGCUCCUGGCACGCGAUUUGGUGGAAAGGUCUCGAGCAGCCCGGCACUCAACGCGGCGAUCUUGGCACUGUGGCUAGCGAUCCAGGCUCAGCAGGGUGAGACAGUUGGCGAUAUCGGCAGUGAGGACGACUACGGCUACAUGAUUGUGCCCAUGCUGGUCUUCCUCAGUUGGCUUGUCGUGUUCGUGAUGGGCUGUUCGGCGGCUUGCUGCUGCUCCGGAGGUCGCGGCCAGAUCGAGCCCCCGCCGGCAACGACCGACAGCAGGAGCGGAGUUUUGGUGGCAACUGAGAUGAG